CAUAUAUAUCUAUGGUGUAUCAUGCGUGGUAGUAGAAGUCGCCCGUUUAAUGAUUAAAACAUUAUUGGAAAUAUUUAUCAAUACUUGCAUACUUUGGUUAAAUAUUGAGUGCUAAAGGAAGCAUGGAUGACGAAGAGGAAACAUAUAGACUUUGGAAAAUUCGCAAGACCAUCAUGCAGCUGUGCCACGAUCGAGGCUACUUGGUGUCGCAGGAAGAGUUGGAUCAGACCCUGGAGGAGUUCAAGAUGAAGUUUGGAGAUCAACCCCGACGCACAGACCUCAACGUGCUGGUGGCGCACAAUGAUGACCCCACUGACCAGAUGUCUGUGUUUUUCCCUGAGGAGCCCAAGGUGGGGAUUAAGACGAUUAAGAUGUACUGUCAGAAGAUGCAGGAGGAGAACAUCACGAGAGCCAUCAUAGUCGUUCAGAUGGGCAUGACGCCGUCUGCCAAACAGUCUUUAGUGGACAUGGCACCUAAAUACAUACUGGAACAGUUUCUACAGCAGGAGUUGCUCAUCAACAUCACGGAACAUGAGCUUGUGCCAGAACAUACUGUGAUGACAAAAGAGGAAGUAACCGAACUUCUGGCAAGAUAUAAACUGAAGGAGAGUCAGUUGCCCAGGAUCCAGGCUGGGGACCCCGUGGCUCGCUACUUUGGCCUAAAAAGAGGACAGGUUGUGAAGAUCAUCAGGCCGAGUGAAACCGCUGGAAGGUACAUCACCUACAGGCUGGUGCAGUGACAGGUAAUGCUCGAGAUCGCCGCAAUCAUUUUGGAGGAGCAGUAGAGAAGAAAACAGAUGUUCCACUCACCAAUAAAUUCUAUGCUUGUGUAUUUCAUUUUUGUUAUGUUUUGCGAAUAAACAAUUAAAAACCAAAAUAAAUAUAUCGUUUUAU